UAAAUUAAUAUAAUAACUAUUUAUAUUUUAAGACUAAAGAAUUGAUUAAAAAUGUUAGAAGAAAAUAUUUUAACACCAAAGUGUGUACUGUGUAAAAGAUUAAUAGAUAACUCAUGUAAAUGUAACUUAUGGAAAAACGAUGCUUCCAAAAUUUGUAAGGCUUGUGCAGAUUCUUCAUGCUGUAUUUCUUAUCCUGAUAAUGUUUUAAUAGUUGAAAGAGCAUUUAAAAAAUUUACAGCCCAAUCAAUAGUAGAAAUUUCAUCUUCAUCAUUACUCGUGUCUAUUUUCUCUGGUCAACUUUAUAGUUACAGACACAACAUUUAUAAUUCUGGCGGGAAGGCAAAAAGUACUGGUAAAUCGUGUCUAAACCCAACAAUUGUUAGAAAAUACACCACAACUUUAGUACAUGAUAAGUAUCCUGAGCUUAAGCAAAAUACAGCUCAUUUGCUAUGCCAUAAUGUUACCACAGCCGAAAAAUCAUAUGCCAUAGCUGAGAAAAGGAACAAAGUCGCAGAAACUAGUAAGCAAAUUCGAGAGGUCCAGAGAGAAACAUAUGCUGACAAUCAAGCACCUUCCUUAAAUUUGAUUUUUGAAUCUGAACUUUUAUGGGGCAGUAUAACAUUGCCUGAAGUCCGUGAAAAAUUUAAUCAGUAUUCUCUUGGUGAUAUAUCGGAUAGUAAAAAGGUGAAAAAAAUUCUAGAUGAUGUGCGCUAUUUAAUUAAAAAAAAUAAAGCAUCUGAUGAUGAUUCGGAUUUUAAUCUUAAGAACUGUUCAGAUUUUGAAAAUGAUAAGUUUACAAUUGAUAACCUUUCAUACAACAAACACAGUGAUAUUGUCCCAUCUUCACCUACUACGUCAUUGUAUUCUAAAACAAGAAAUCGGAAAGAGUAUAGCCAGGAAGAUUUAACUUUAGUUAAUAAGCAUUUAAAGCAGUUUAUCGAUUCAAACACAACAUUGUUAAAAAAAGAAGUGCAACAGUAUUUAGAAUCAGUGCCAGAGUGCAAUCCGCUACUAGAAAAGUUUGGCUUAAGAUCGUUAAUUAUUAAAACUCGUACAGAAAAAGGAAAACAUUAGAUAUAUUUACCUUUGUACUUUGGUUUGGUUUUUUGGUGAUAUAUAUAUAUAUAUAUAUAUAUAUAUAUAUAUAUAUAUAUAUAUAUAUAUAUAUAUAUAUAUAUAUAUAUAUAUAUA